AUGCUCAACGCCGCCGCCAUUCCGGCGGUGCUCGCAGUAUCUUCGUCGCCGCUCGUCUCGCGUCGUGCUGCGGCGCUGCUAUCGUCGCACGCCACUGUGCGAGGAGCGACUGGUAACCGUUUCGCUCACAACGCCGGCCCAUUGACGUCCCUUCAUGUGCUUUCGCGAACCCUAGAAAGACGACCCGCCAUGCAAGCCUUGGGUUUCCGACGCUCGCUCUUCGCGGGGCGGGGUUUAGCGGCGGCACGCGCGCACGCAGGGCUGGGACUAGCGCUGCGCCACUCGCCUAAGGCCUCCCACUUCGCGCCGAGUCCUGUGCGGCUCUCCACUUCGGCAGCUGCGGCGGCCGGGUCGCAGGGCGAGCAGUCACGACAGGCGGGGGAAGGGGGGCGGGCAGGCGGGAGGCAGGGAGCGGGCAGCAGCGUGGGGUUCAGGGAGCGGGGCGGGAGUGGGGCGGGGGGAGCGCACGUGCGCGGAGGAUGGCGAGGGCCCCGCGGAGAGAGCAGGGAGCGUUGGGCGGCGGGUGGAGAAGGGGGAAAAGAUGCAAGGAGCGGGGGACAUGGCGUGGCGGGCCGUGCGAUUGGCGCGGAGGAAGAGCGGGUGAGGUCAGGUGGGCGAGGUGGUGGGCGGGUGGACACGUGGCGGGAAUCGAGAGGCGGGAGGUUUGAUGGGGUGAUGGGCAACGGGAGAAGAGGAAGCAAUUCUGGUUUUAGGGGGGAAGACGGGAGGUCAGGGGCGGAUAGGUGGAGGGAGGGGGGCGGGGGGCGAUGGAGGGGGACCGCGCAGGAAGCGAGGGGAGGCGCAAGUGGCGCGCCUGCGUGGGCUAGAGGCGCGCACCUGCCUCGGGGGAAUGGUGACGCCUUUAGAUCAGCUGAUGACGUGGAGCUCUAUGAUUCGCCAGCAAUGCAAGAUGGGGGCGCGCGCUUUCCGUGGGAGGAGGGCGCUGAAAGGGGCGAGGGAUGGGGGCAUGGCGGAGGGGGGAGGAGGGGCGGGGGGCGGGAUGAUGACUCGGGCCGGGCGGCACAGGCGCGCGUGGGCGCAGAGGAUGGGUGGCGGGGCGUGGCAGGGGGGGAGCAGCAGGGGGAGGAGUUCCCGUGGCUGGGGAGGGGGAGGGGCGGAGGGGCAGGCGGCGGGGUGCAAGGGGAGGCGGUGGGUGUGCGGGAAAGGCGGGUGCGGCAGGCGUGGGUGGCGGAGGUGAGCCUGCCGCCCGGUGAGCUGAGGCGGCUGCGGGCGGCAGUGAUGGUGCUGCGGCAGCCGGUGAAGGUGGGGCGGCAGGGCGUGACGGAGGGCAUAGUGGCGGCGGUGCAGGCGCGGUGGCGUGCCGGGCACGAGGUGGUGAAGGUCAGGUGCGAGGGGGCGCCCGCCUUCAACAUGCGCCACACACACGAGCAGAUCGAGCGGCUGACGGGCGGCAUGGUGGUGUGGCGGGCGGGGGCAGCGCUGGCAGUGUACCGUGGGCCGCAGUACGGGCAGGGGGGCGCGGGGCAGCGGGCGCAGGUGCAACAGGGGGAGGGGCAGGUGGGGGAAGUGGGGAAUGCAGCAGAAGCGGGGUUGGAGGAGAUGGGGAGUGAUGGUGCGAGGGGGUGGGGAGAGGGAGAGAUGAGUGAUGGGGAAGUGGAGGGCGAGGGAGAGGGAGAGGGGCGGCAUGGCGAGCAGCAAGAGGCAGCGCUGGUGAGCGGGGCAAGCGGCGGUGAGGAGCAGCAGGAGUGGGGAGGGCAGGGUGGGGAGGGCGGGGUGUCAGCAGCAGCAGCAGCAGCAGGCGAGGAGGACGUGACAUUGGGGCUGGGUCCCAAGGUGGCGGGGUGGGAGCGGCCCGGCCAUGCCCCCGUGGACGCCGACCAGCUGCUGGGGGGAGCAGCCGCGGCGGGGUACCGGGCGCCGUUCCGCCUGGUGCCGUACGGUGUGAGCAGCAAGCUGAGCAACGAUGAGAUGACCCGCCUGCGCCACCUUGCCAGGAAGCUGCCGCCCCACUUCAUGCUAGGGCGCAACAGGGGGCUGGAGGGGCUGGCGGCGGCGGUGGUGGCGCUGUGGGAGCGCAGCGAGGUGGCCAAGAUUGGCGUCAAGCGCGGCGUGCAGAACACCAGCAACGAGCGCAUGGCGGAGGAGCUCAAGAGGCUGACGGGUGGGGUGCUGUUGGCGCGCGACAAGUUCUUCAUCUCGCUGUACCGCGGCAAGGACUUCCUGCCCGCCGCGCUCGCCACCACGCUCGCAGCGCGGCAGCAGCACGCGCGGCAGAGUGCGGACGAGGAGGAGAGGGAGCGCCUGCUCGCCCUGCCCUCGCUGCUGCUGCCCUCGCCCUCCGGCUGUGCACACGGCGAGGGGGGCGCAUGGGGAGCCUCUCCUGGGAGCGCAGUGCACUCGUCUGACGGCAGGGGAGACGCGGAGGGCGGGGAGGAGGGGGAGGUGGAGGGGCAGUUGGUGGAGGGGCAGUUGGUGGAGGGGCAGUUGGUGGAGGAGGAGCGGCGGCGGCGGCGGGAGGCCAUAGAGGCGUCCAGGCGGCUGGCACUGGCACGGCAGAUAGAGCAGAAGCUGGCUCAGGCGCUGCGCAAGAAGGGGCGGGCGGAGGAGCAGUUGGAGAAGCUGCAGGCGGUGCUGCGGCCGGUGGAGGUGCCGGCGGACAGUGAGACGCUGACAGAGGAGGAGAGGCACAUGUUCCGCAAGCUCGGCCAGAAGAUGCGCGCCUACCUUGAAAUGGGCAAGAGGGGGGUGUUCGCGGGGCUGGUGGAGAACAUGCAUCUGCACUGGAAGCACCGCGAGCUGGUCAAGAUCAUCUGCAAGGAGCGCGACCGGCGCCGAGCAGAGGACGUGGCGGGCAUGCUGGCGGUGGAGAGCGGCGGCGUGCUGGUGGACGUGGUGCCCGUGAAGAAGUACCACGCCAUCAUCGUGUAUCGCGGCAAGAACUACUCUCGCCCCUCCGUCCUGCGCCCCAAGGGGCUGCUCACCAAGCGCCAGGCGCUCAAACGCGCCACCGAGGAGCAGCGCCGCGCCUCACUGGAAGCACACAUGAGGGACCUCGACACCGCCAUCGCCCGCCUCUCACAAGGCCUGGCAGAGGCAGAGAGAGGGUCACAGGUGAAGCCUGGCGAGAUAGCGCCUCUUUCCCGCGCCUCUCUCCCUUCUUUGCCUCUCUCUCUGGACUCCGCCACCAGCACUGGCAGCAGCAGCAGCACAGACACAUGGGAGGAGGGAAGUGAGGCAGGUGCGGACGGGCCUUCCCCGCUGUCGCCCGCUGCGGAGGCGGAGGCGGCUGAGAUUGAUGCGCUCAUUGCUGCCAGCGUGCAGCCGCAGCUGCAGCAGCAGCAGGACGAGGAGGAGAGGCAGCGGCAGCAGCGGGAGAGGGAGGCAGUGCGGGAGACGUGGCGAGUGGGCAGGGAGGAGGUGAGGGAGCGGGCGCUAGUGGGGCCUCUCUUCAGGGCGCCUCCCCUCUCGCGCUCCCAGCGCCUCGAGCUCCGGCGCAGGGCGCUCACCCUCGACAGCACCGCCGCCUUCCAAGUUGGGCGCAGCAACGUGGUGGAGGGGCUGGCGAGGGCCAUCCGCCUGCACUUCACACGCCAUGCGCUCGUGAAGGUGGGCAUCCGAGGCCGGGCGGCCGGCACGCCAGCACAAGAGAUCGUCAAGCAGCUCGAGGAGGCGACUGGGGGGGUGUUUGUGUCGCAGGAGCCGUCCAAGGUGGUGCUGUACCGCGGGUGGGAGGACGGCCAGCCCGCCCCCUGGGAGGGGCCUCGUGUGAUGCAGGUGACGCCGCAGAUGGUGGCUGCCAUGCAGAGCGAGGCAGGCAGUGACCUGGGCAUGCAGGCCCUUGAGGGCGUGGAUGGCGCGGAAGGCACUGGGAGUGACGGGGAGGUGGAGGAGGAAGAAGGGGAGUCAUGGACAGACCAGUUCGAUCAAGAUGGCACCGAGGUGUCCAAAGGCGAUGUAGGGCUGCUAAAUGGCCAACAGCACAGCGAGAUUCGUGAUUCGUAA